AUGAGUGGCUUAGAGGUAGCAAGCAGUUUGCGAACUAAGGACCAACUAAUAUAUUCACUUUGCAUUUUGCCAACAACUAAGCACUUGACCUUUCAAGAGGCUGAAGAUGCGACAAAGGCAUUCAGUACCGAGCGCGAGCCCUACCAAUGCACGUAUUGUGGCAAGGUCGGGCACACGGCAGAGCGUUGCUGGACGAAGCAAAAGGAUGAAAGUCGAGGAGCCCGACGCGGCGGCAAUGGUCGUGGACGCGGGGCAAGCAAUGUCCAGUGGCUACAUUAUGAUGAAGGCAGCAGCUACGAUCGAGUGGCGUUUGCAGUUUCGUUCGAAUGCGGCGUUUCUACGAGCAAGAAUGGAUCAGGGAUGUGGGCCGUUGACAACGGGGCAACACAUCACAUCUGCCACGACAAGUUCAAGUUUACAAGCUUGGUCGAAGGCACUGAUGGCGAGAUCCUGGUGGCUGAUGGCAACAAGGCAGCUAUCAAAGGUGUGGGGACUAUCGUUGAAAAGGUGGUCCUGCCUUAUUGA